AUGAACGAUUCAGUCAGGGAAUACAAACCAAGCUAAGGUAAAACACAUUCCUCAUCAACAAAGUUCUUUCAUAAUCAACCCUAUUCUAGCUAAAAAUGACAUCCUUUCAUGAAACUCGAGCGGUCGAAAGAACUAAUGGCCUGCGCGGCCAUCCUGCCACGAUCCUCGCCAUUGGCACUGCUAACCCUCCAAACGUAAUGUAUCAAUCUGAUUAUCCAGAUUACCAUUUCCGGACCACAAACAAUGAUCAUUUGACUGAUCUUAAGGCCAAGUUCAAGCGCAUAUGCGAAAAAUCAAAGAUAAGGAAACGUCACUUUUACAUAACUGAAGAUGAAAAAGAGAUCUUAAAAGAAAAUCCACAUAUAAGUGAUAAUAAUGCUUCUUCCGUUAAAACUCGUCAAGCUCUAUUAGCCAAUGAGAUUCCCAAACUUGGGAAAGAGGCAGCUGAGGAAGCCAUAAAAGAGUGGGGAAAAUCCAAGUCCAUGAUCACCCAUCUUAUCUUUGGCACUAACUCGGACUUCGAUGUACCCGGGGCCGACUUCUGGCUAGCCAAGCUUCUCGGCCUCCAGCCUACAGUGAAGAGGUUUAUACUGCGCCAAGGUGCUUGUCAUGCUUGCAGUACAAUCCUUCGUAUAGCCAAGGACAUUGCUGAGAACAAUCGUGGUGCCCGUGUACUGGUUAUUUGCUCGGAGAGUACUGCCAUUAGUUUCCAUGCCCCAAGCGAGACCCACCUAGUGUCACUUGCCUUAUUUGGAGAUGGCGCGGGGGCAAUGAUCGUGGGUACUGAUCCUGAAGAGCCUAGUGAGCGACCCCUCUUUCAGCUUGUUUCGGCGGGGCAGACUACAUUGCCAGAUUCAGAACAUGCUAUACAAGCUCGCCUUAGUGAGAUUGGGAUGACCAUUUACUUAAGUCCGGAUGUCCCCAAAAUCAUAGCCAAUAACAUUGAAACUUCCUUAAAUGAAUCAUUUGAUCAUAUUGGGAUUAGUGAUUGGAAUUCCAUUUUUUGGGUCGCUCACCCUGGAGGACCAGCAAUAUUGGACAAGGUGGAAGCCAAACUCGAACUCGAGACGAGUAAGCUGAGUAGUAGUAGGCACAUAUUAAGUGAGUACGGGAAUAUGUGGGGUGCAAGUGUGAUAUUCGUAAUGGAUGAGAUGAGGAAGAGGUCAUUGAAAGAGGGCAAAGCAACUACUGGGGAAGGGUCUGAAUGGGGUGUGCUUGUUGCCUUUGGUCCUGGCAUUACUAUUGAAACUAUCGUUCUUCGUAGUAUUCCAAUUACUUAUUAGAUAGUUGAAUGUUUUCGGAUAUAUGCAUUGGGAUGCGUAAUUUCAACCUUGUUGCAAUAUUAUUGGAACGUAAAAAAUCAUUUUCAGUUUUUAAUUAUUUUCAGACACUUUGAGACCGAAGUGUCCUACUAUGA